CUGGCAGGCUGCGGAUGGGGUACCCACGGGGCUGGCUGCCGUCAGCUCCCCUUCCCGGCGGCCGCGACCCCUCCCCGCUGACCUCACCGGUGCCGCCGCCCCGCGCAGAUAUAAGCAGCGGCCCCGCGGAGAAGCGGACAGCCGACGCCCGGGUCCUGGGAGCGCUCCCGGCCUCCUGACCCGCAGACUCUGGACUCCCAAACUCCGAACUCGGAACCCCAGCAUCCCGGACCCGUCCCGCGGAGCUCUCGCCGGGCAGACGCCGAGAUGCCCGGCCCUUGGCUGCAGCUCGCCAUGGCCUUGACCUUGACCGUGGCUGGUAUUCCAGGAGGUCGCGCACAGCCCGAGGUGGCCCAGCAGGAGGCAGCGAUGGCCCCCGAGCGCGCAGGUCUGGACGACCUCCUGCGCCAGGCCCAGCGCCUCCUAUUUCUCCGCGAAGACCUCCAGCGGCUGCGAGGGAACCAGGGCGAUCUGGAAUCAGAGGCUCAGAUCCUUCAACCCGACUGGCUCUCCAAGCGUCAACAUCCAGGCAAAAGGGAGGGGGAGGCAGAAGAAGGGGUUGAAGAGGAGGAGGAAGAAGGUGGGGCUGUGGGCCCCCACAAACGGCAGCAUCCUGGCCGGCAGGAGGAUGUGGCUGCAUGGUCCGAUGUAACCCUGCAGAAGCGGCAGCAUCCUGGCAGGCGUGCCCCCUUGCUGGGGUACGCUUUCACCAAGAGGCAGCACCCAGGUAGACGGCUGGUGGAUUCCAAGGCCCAGAGGAGCUGGGAGGCAGAAGAGGAGGACGGGGAGGAGGAGGGGGGGGAGCCCAUGCCUGAGAAACGCCAGCAUCCCGGCAAGAGGGCCCUGGGAAGCCCAUGUGGGCCUGGGGCAGCUUGUGGUCAAGCCAGCCUCCUGCUGGGGCUCCUGGAUGACCUGAGCAGGGGUCAGGGGGCUGAGGAGAAGCGGCAGCAUCCUGGGCGGCGGGCAGCCUGGGCCAGGGAGCCACUGGAGGAGUGAACCCAUUUUCCUAUGAGGUUUAGGGUCUAAGAAUGUCUUAAGACCUUGUGGGCCCCAUUCCUUUGUGAACCCCCUCUUCCCUUCCUCCUUCGAUCCCUGACCAUACACCUGAGCCCCACCCCUUAUAUACAACACCCAACUCCCUGGCCUUGUCUCCCCUCCCCCUUCAGGGACAUGAGAAAGCGAGCCUUUGAGUUAAAACCCCAUAUUACCCCACUUUCCACUGUUGGCAAGGGGGAGAUCCCAGAGUCACCCCCUCAGGCUGAUCCCCUUCCUUAGCUCUGGCUAAAAUGACCCUUCUGUGUCCUCUGAGGGAUCCCUGGAGAGAAGCAGGGUAACUCCGGGUCCAGCAGCCAGUGAGGUCAGGGUGGGAUUGAAGAUGUGAUAUCCAAAUCCAAUUUCGAUCCUUCCCUUCUCGGGCAUCCUUUUGUGGGUGGGCAGAGCCCUGUCCCAUGGCUGUGCUCUGCUUGGGCGAAGCAUUGCAGGGAGGGGCAUCCUGUGCUGUGCUGUGUGGUGGCCGUGGGAAUAAAUAUGUACAGGCAUAUGGAAACAGCCUUGAAAGCUGAACUUGUAUAUAAAGCUCUAGAGUCUUCCCCUGUCCGUGAUAACCAUCCGAAUGAUAAUAAAACAUUCAUCUGCAU